AUGACAAAGCUCCAGGAAAAUUGUAAAUAAAAGUAUCAUAAUAAACCAUAAAAUAAUUUUGGGCUUGUAUGUCUGGUGGUAGUGUUUCAGUUUUAGCACCAAAUGGAAGAAGACAAACUGUCAAAUGUACGCCAAACACCACAUUAUUGCAGGUCUUGGAGGAAGUGUGCAAAAAGCAGAGUUUCGAUGCCGGGGAAUAUGAUUUGAAGCACCACAACAAGGUUUUGGACACAACAACCACUUUUAGGUUCUCAGGACUGCCUAAUAAUGCCCAGCUGGAAAUGGCUCCUGCUUCAAAGCUACGUUUAGAGUCAGAAAUCACUCUAGCUGUGAAUUUGGAGAACGGCAACCGACUGAUAGGCUCCUUUACACCUAGUGUAAGUCUUGUAAAUGUGUUGGAACAGCUCUGCCCUGAAAGUCUUGCAGCAGAUAAGCACCCUGUUGUCAUCUAUACAAGAAGAGAGAUUUAUGGAAAAGAACUGGGAAGUGUCACACUUAGAGCACUAGGUUUGACAGGCGGAAGAGCAAUGAUCAGACUCAUAAAUAAGCCCCCAGAGGAAUUGAAAACUCAAGCCAAUGUAGCAACACUUUUGCCUUCAAAACCUGUGGAGGAGAAACCCUAUCAAAGAAAGUUUCAACCACUUGAGAAAGAAGAGGAUUCUUCAGGAAACAGAUCACAAACCUCACAAAAAGUUGAUGAUUCAGCCAAAGAAAGUUCUGACACUAAAGAAAUCAAGCCUGAAAAACUACAGAAGAAAGCUAAUGUAGAUUUACUGAAGUUAGCCAGAGAAAAACGUAAAAAUAAUGAUUAUCCCUCUCCACACCAAGAUGAGAAGAGAAAGAGUUUGUCAGAAAGCCAGGUUAAAAAUGGGCAUGAAGUAAAAGCCAAACAACAGAGAUGUACAUGCAAGAGGGAUAGCUCAAUGGAGGUAGAUUGUUGUGGGAAUUGUGAAGAAGCAUGCACAAACAUUGAACAGAAUAUGGAAGAUGAAUUUGUAUUUUUGGGCGAACGGAAUGCCAUGCUCUUUUCCCUGGAAACCGCCCAAGCGGUGCCCAGUGAAGAUCUGCCCGACGAUUUCUUCGAUCUGACCAUCGACGAUGCCAGGAAAAUAUUGCGCGACGUGAAAAAACAACGUUUCCACAUGGACAACACUCCAUUGAUGACGUCGGCAUUGAGGAAUCUGGAGAACUCCAAGAAUCAGUUGAGACAGCUGAACAGAUACAAGAAGGCGGUGGUGCGGGUGCAGUUUCCCGAUAGGGCUGUACUACAGGGUACUUUCAAGCCGACCGAGACUGUCAAGGAUGUCGUUGAAUUUGUGAGAGGGUUUCUGCAGGAUACAAGCACUGAAUUUUAUGUUUAUUCCACUCCUCCCAAAUGCAUUUUGGAUGAGAACAAAAGGCUGAUCGAACUCGGAUUUGUGCCUGGUGUGAUGAUCCACUUCGGAACGAAUAAUCCAGACAGAAAAUCGGAUUUUUUGAAAAAGGAACUGCAGGACAAAUUCACCAGUAAUUCAGUUGCGAGUUUAGCAGCAUCAAAAAUGAGGAGUGAAAACACCAGGACGUGCGGUAGCACUGAGCCAGAGGAGGACUACGAUAUGGAAGACACCCCCUGUGUGAUAUCGGACGAUGGGGCGAGCACUAGCACAGGAAUCACGCAUGACACUUAUGGAGAAAGGAAAAUCGUCAGAUCGACGGAAAACGUGCCUAAAUGGUUCAAACCGUGA